AUGAAAGUUGAUCUAGACGAUCUUAGUAGUGAUGAUGAAUUGUCAUUCCAUACAGGCUUGGGAUUCAAGAAACCCAAAGUAAAUCAUGAGGAAGAAUAUGAGAUGGAAAUAGAAAUACCAAAAUUUAAGAUUCCUCAAUCAUAACCAUAGAGAGCUCGAUUAAAUCUCUUUUAGGAGGAUUUCGAAUAAACUCCAAAACCGUAAGUUUAGGACACUCCAAACAAUUAGCAUCAUCGAAUAUAUAAGGAAUACCAAAGAAAUUAAGCAUUUGCUAAUUUCUAAAAAUCGAAUGCAUCUCUUCUGUCAAACGUAGAGAAGGGUGUGACUGUGAAGAUAUUUGAUAAGAACAUGCCAAAGAACGAGAAACUUAAUGAAACUGAGUAUAAGAUAAAAUAGAAGCGAUCAGUGCAAUUUAAUCUUGAAAAUAAUGUUGUUCAUCCUAUAGUUAAACAUGAGGAGGAGUAUUUAACUUUGGCGGAAAAGCUUCAUCUCUCAAGUAACAUCAGACGUGCAUGGCAAUUAUAUAGGAUUGAUUCUGAUUCAGAAGUAGAAGCUCAAGAUGAUUAGAGUGAUGAUUCCAUUGUUCAGGUGGUCAGUUCAACUCCUUCUCAUAAGCCAAAGGGAAUUUUAAAGAAGAAACUCUAAGUCUUUAAAGAAGAAGAGGGCAAGAAAACGAUCACAGUCGAGCAAGUUGCAUUUAAAGAUAGUAGAAAUAAAAAAAAUCUAAGUUAAAGAGAAAAAAAGACUUUAGAAAAAAGAGUGGAAGAACAUGAUUAUGGUGUUGGAUUGAAGUUCCUGUAGAAAUUAGGAUACAAAUAUGGAGAAGGUUUAGGUGCUAACAAAUAGGGUAUACUGGAGCCAGUAAUUGCUGUGAAGAAACAAUCAUUCACAGGGGAGGGAGUAUAGGAAUAUCAAUAAUAAGAUGAAGAAGAGGAGCAAGAGAAUAAUUAGACUUAGGAAAAUAAGUAGAAACCCUUUUUUUAAUCUAAGAAGUUGAAUAAAUACGAAAAAUAAUGGAGAAAGAAGUAGAAUAAAGAGGAUGGAUAAGUUACUGUUAACAUUAGAAAGGAGGAAGUAAUGAAUUUAGAUAGGAAUCACAUAAUGGGCAAUCUAAUUAAAGAGAACUAGAAUAGUAAUAAAUAUAAGAUAAUUGAUAUGACAGGCAGUGAUAUUAAUGAUUACUUAAAUUAGACUUAAGAUGCUUAAGUGUACAGUAAUAAAGCAGUUAGGGAAUACUUGAAAGAAGUUCAAGAACUAACUUGGUCAGUAAAAACAAUUUUAGAAAAGCGUUUAGGGAAGUGGGAGAAUAAUGAAUAGAGUAUAAAGAAGGAGAAGGAUAAAAUGAUUAUUUUGGAGCACGAAAAAUAAGAAGAAUUGAUGUAAUUUACCUAAUGGAAUGAUUCAGUUAAGAGAAAAGAAGAUUUUUUAAAUUAUUUGAAAUUCUUCAAAGAUGAUGACAUUUUGAUCUCAAAUGAUAAGUUCCACAUUUUUACAAAGUUUGAAGAAUGUUUUAGGAAAUUUAGUGAUUAAUUCAUCUAAUUCAAUUUAAUUGGAUUGCUAGUCAAGAAUGCAGAAUAAGAGAUUAAGGUCUUGACAUCUAAAUGGAAAGGACCUAUUACAAAUUUGGAUAUCUUAGAAUAUGAAUUUUAAUUGAUCUCUGAUGUGAUUACUUUGGCAAAGGAUGUGUAUAUAAAGAAGAAAUCUUAAAAUCUGAGCAAAUAUGCUGAACAAUUGGAUGUCUUUAUUAUUAAUAAUUCAAUUUCAACCUCUGAUCUUAACACUCUAAAAAGAUUCAUUGGAUUAUUGAUUGCUCCGAUUCUAAUCAGAUUAAGAAAUUAUCUAUCUGUAGCAUUUGAUCCAACCUAAGAAAAUUAUUUAAUAGAUUUUUUAGGAUUAUGGAUGAAAGACUUAGCGUUAGUUGAAACCGAUGAAACAGGAGUCAAUCAAUUUCAGAGUAUAAGAUUGUUGGAUUAAUAAGUAUAAAAAGAUAUUAUGUGUAUAGUAAUGUCUAAACUAAAACUUAAGAUUUAAGAAUGGAAUCUGAAUUCAAAAAUAUCUUUACAUUAAUGGUUGUAACCUUGGAUCACUUCAAAAUUAAACAGUAAGGAAUUGCUGGAGGAAGUGGAGAAGAAAUUAAAACAAUUAAAGUUUACGGAUAAAGAUGACUUUGGUUUUAGUGUACUGUAACCUUGGGCUAUACAUUUGGGAGAAAAUUGGAAAAAUCUAUUAUACAUGUCAGUUUUACCUAAGAUGCUGUUCUGUAUCCACAAUUUAGAAAUCAACCCUCAAAAUUAGAAUGUGCAACCGAUCAAGGAAAUUUUCAAGUGGAUGGAUGAAAUUGAACCAUUUAUUGAAAUGAUAUUCCAACCUUUGAUUGAGAAAUUGAGCAGGACUUUGGAGAACUGGAUACUUCAACUGGGUAGCAAGGAGGAAAUGAAUAAGUAAGCUGAUUAUUCAUAACUAUCUAGAUGGUUGGAUGGAUGGGAAAGAUUCUUGAUGAAACGAGUAAUUUAGAAAGUGUAUAAGUUUGAAACCCAAUUCAAUUCGAUGAAACAGAAAAUUAUAUGA